UUUAUAAAAAUGGCUGGCUUGUUGUUGGCGACUGUUGGGCGCUUGUUUGGAAAUUAAUGUUUGUUUCUUUUAAUUAUAAUGAGUUUGGUUUAUCAUCAGCUUAUAUUUUCACGUAGUUCGAUACAUGACAAUGUACUGUGAUCAGUAAGCGUGUCACCACUUGCCUGAAACUAAUUCUGGUUAAACAGAUGUUAAGAAACCUGUACUCCCACCUGUAGAUUCAUAAGUUUUGUGUAGAAUAAGCGUUAUAAAAAACAAGCAAGAUGUGGCCCGCGUCUCAGUACACGCAUACUAACCAUGCCCAGGCUACGGUUAAAACAAAUGAACAUCAGAAUCAACAGAACUUGAAGACACUCGGAAUGACUUCUGCUAUAUCUAUGGCAGGUCCAAAGCCAAUUGACGUUGAAAAGACGAAUGACUUGAAGGAUUCCCUCGUGCCGUUUGGCGUGUUCGAGUCGGAGGCCGAGAUGCAUCAUCGCAUGGAGGUCCUCGGGGCGCUGCACCGGCUCGUCCGCCAGUGGAUCAGAGACGAGUCGCUGAGGAAGAACAUGCCGCCGAGCGUCGCUGAUACCGUCGGCGGAAAUAUUUAUACAUUUGGAUCGUACAGGCUCGGGGUCCACCACCGCGGUGCCGACAUAGACGCCCUGUGCGUCGCGCCGAGGCACAUCGACCGCGCCGACUACUUCCAGUCCUUCUACGAGCUGCUCAAGACGCAGCCCCAGGUGAAAGAUUUAAGAGCAGUGGAAGAUGCAUACGUGCCCGUGAUCAAGAUGAACUUUGAUGGCAUUGAAAUUGAUUUACUGUUUGCUCGGCUCGCUCUGAAGGAAAUACCAGAUUCCUUUGAUCUCCGAGAUGAUAUACUUCUCAAGAAUUUGGAUCAAAAAUGCGUCCGGUCUCUCAAUGGAUGCAGAGUGACCGAUGAGAUACUGCGUCUCGUGCCUAAUAUAAAUAAUUUUAGAUUGACGUUGCGGGCGAUCAAGCUAUGGGCUAAACGUCACGGCAUCUACUCCAACACGCUGGGCUACCUGGGCGGGGUGUCGUGGGCCAUGCUGGUGGCGCGCACGUGCCAGCUGUACCCCAACGCGCUGCCGGCGACGCUGGUGCACAAGUUCUUCCUGGUGUUCAGCCAGUGGAAGUGGCCGCAGCCCGUGCUGCUGAAGCAGCCGGACGCGGUCAACCUCGGCUUCCCCGUGUGGGACCCGCGCGUCAACGUGGCCGACCGCUUCCAUCUCAUGCCGAUCAUCACGCCCGCCUACCCGCAGCAGAACUCCACCUUCAACGUGUCGGCGUCCACCCGCACCGUCAUCAUGGAGGAGUUCCGCCUGGGGCUGGCGAUCACGGACGAGAUCAUGCUGAGCAAGUGCGGCUGGGAGCGGCUGUUCGAGGCGCCCAACUUCUUCUCGCGCUACAAGCACUUCAUCGUGCUGCUGGCGUCGUCUGCGCGGGCGCUGGACCAGCUGCAGUGGUGCGGCCUCAUCGAGAGCAAGAUCCGCCACCUCAUCGCGACAUUAGAAAGAAAUCAACACAUAACAAUAGCCCACGUGAACCCCGAGUGCUACAAUUCCGUACCGCUUAGCACUAACAACGGGCAGCCAUUAGCUCUGCCACCAGGCACACCGGUGCCAGCGGACGUCGCAUUAAAUGAAAUAAACAAAAAUGAUAAGGGCGAGGUGAUAGCCAACGUGUGUUCGAUGUGGUUCAUCGGGCUGGUGUUCGACAAGACCAACGUGAACGUGGACCUGACGUACGACAUCUCGUCCUUCACCAAGGCCGUCCACUACCAGGCGGAGAACACUAACAUGUUACGCGAGGGAAUGACGAUAGAGGCGCGGCACGUGCGGCGCAAGCAGCUGCACCAGUUCCUGUCGCCGUCGCUGCUGAAGCGCGAGCGCACGGCGUCCGGCAACAAGCGCAAGCUGGACGCGCCGCAGCCGCCGCUGCACAAGAAGACCAAGCGCCUGUCCGAGAGCAGCACCGAUGAUAUCAGUUGCUUUUCAUACAACGAAGAUUCAAACUCGUCCAAUAUGUAUGAGGUUAACCUCCAGAACGGAAACGCGUCGAGCCACACCCCGCAGGAGGCGGACAGGAACAAGUCGGCUGCGGAGAAGCAGAUGGCGCCGGCGACGGAGCACCCUUCCACGUCGAACAGUAUUGCGUGUACGUAGCAGUACGAGGAGUGGCGCCAACGGUUCAUUUACGGAACCAGUAACGUCAAAAUGCACAGAGUUAAACGCGCCUAAGACGCUAAGUGUAUAGUUAAGUGGGCCUCAGUGGCUACGAGAAACUCCAACGGAGACACGGUAAGACGAUAUGUCUAUAGUGACAGUGAAUAGUGCUUAAGGACCGCGACUGAAUGUGACAGUUAACGGAUAACAGAUCUAAAGUUUUUUAUUCGUUUUGGUGCAAUAGCUUUGGGAAGCUGCCGAUUUUACUAUGGGUAAGUCAGAAAUAUGUGUAAAUUUGCCCUCAAAUCUUGAUACAUUGAUCUAUACUAGAAAUAGAUAAACUCGUAUUAAUGUAGUCACGAUUGAUAACGAAUAUUUCUUAUUUAUUCGUUAGAUGUUGCACGGCAGAGCGUCGUCGUUACGUAAGUUCAAUUACAUAGAAUAAGAUGUUGAAAAAUAACAGUUUGAUAAUUUGACAUGCGAAGGUCCAUUAUUAGUUAUGUUCGUGGAUAUUGUUUCAUUGCAGGUCCCCGGGGGCACGCGGCUGACAUGUGAGUUGGUUCAAACAAUAGAUAGGAUGAUCUAUUGGGGUUUGCGAGGGGACUAUUUAAAAUUUGCACUAGUCUAGGAGAAAUUGUUAUAUGCAUUUACAUGAACAUUACAUAUUUCUUAAAUAGAUGGUCAACUUUUAUAGUUCACUAAUUUAAUGUGUCAAUAUAAUCAA